AUUCGCUUUUGCACCAUUCAUUCCCUUUGGCAACUUUGUUGUUCGCGUUUUGUGUGGUUCGUACCCCCGAGAGACACGUUCCGGCUUCUGCAGCGCGCACCCCCGUUGGCUUGUUCGUUUUCGCCUGCAUUUCUCUGCAGGCAAACUUGAAGCGUUCUUCCUCAACGUUUAGAAACUUCUUCAUUCCCCGCUCUUUCCAAGAUGGCAUCCGAGACGCCCGCCGCCCCCGUCCUCGGAGAGGAACAGCAGGUGCCCGCCACCCAAGAAAGCGCCUCUGCCGCGCCACACGUGGAAGGCCAGGAGGCCGCUGCGCCGGUGGCUCAGGAAACCGUCAUGCAGGCAGGUUCUCCCUACCGCGUUGUCGGAACUGGCGAGCUCUCCGACCCGACAGCUGUCCAGGUUGCUGCAGUUAAGCAGCAACAGGCUAUGUACACCGGAUUCGGCCUCCCGUAUGCCCUCAACUCCCCCUCUGCCAUGGCAGUGACUCCUGGAAUGGCUCCGCGCAUAAGCCACCCUCAAACGCCUCUGUACCAGUACCCAGGCGCGCCGGGCGCCAUUCCUUUGACAACUUCUUUCUACAAUGGCCCUACCAGCGUCAGCGGCCCUUGCUACUACGAUCCCUACGGCAUGCUCAACCCCGCUGCGUGCUUUGCGCCUGUGCCUCUCUCCGACACUGACCCGUCUGCGGCUGCCAAGAAGAUCUCCAAGAGCUCCAAGUCACGGGGAUUCUGCUGCUAAGUGCAAAGGGCAUGCGUGCGACGCCGCUGCUCUCCCCAGUUCCUUCGACGUGCUUUCUUCGGUGUCUUUCUCCCUCGCUCUGGCUGCUUGCUCUCCAUGAACUGCAGGGGCACUCGCGGGAAGCAGCGUGCGUCUCAGGCCUUUCGCGUGCAUGCAGGCGCUCCACAGGCAGUUUGGAACCAAGGGCUGUGUGGGGGCGGGAAGGCGGAGACUGCGCUUUGUAGGGUGACCAUCAGAACCGAGACAGGACCAAAACGCACCUUUGGAAAAGGUUCUCACUCGUGCACGAGUUGAGGGAAACGUUUUAUCUGUCUUGCUGUGUCUCAGUAUGUCGACUCGAACUUUUGCGAGGCCACCGCAACCAUGUGGGAAGCGUAGGUAGCCGAGAUAGCGGACGCACAGUCGUCUCUGUGGACCAUGUGCCCUUUGUCGAAUCUGUGUGCAUGCAUCUGUGUAUCGACCUCAACAGCGCGGGAAGAUUCAACUCUCACAGUCCA